AUGACCUGUUCCCCAGGCACGCUGUUCAUAUUCAACGCUCCUGAGGACACGGAUGAAGCAGAAGUAGAGAUGCGAUGCGGUAGAUUUGGUGAAGUCCUAAAUGUGGAGAAGGAAGAAGAUAAGAUUAUCGUUGAUUUCAAGAAUACCAAGUCGGCUUAUUCUGCCCGUGAGAAGCUCGACAAUUCCAAAUUCGAUGAUAAUGAAGUACAUGUAUACUUUGCUCCACAGCAAGGUGAUCAUCAUCACAAGGGGAAAGGCGCUGCUGGAGAUGGAUCAGCUCCCACUGGUGGUAUUGCGGUGCGAAUGGACGUGGACCCACUAACCGGGGAGUAUCUUGCCGGCGCUCGUGUCGUUGGCACUGGAGCUAGACAUGCUGGUGGCAUGCGACGGCGUCUGUUGAGCGACGAGAAGCAAGCGUUGAGGAUCGAACCUCCAGAGCAGCCAGUGUCGCAUUGGAGUGAGAUACACGACCUUGAACAUGAUGACUGUGCUGCGCUGCUUGACGACUACAGUAAGCAUCCUCAUCGGGAGUACCUCAACAACCGAUACGUUAUUUUUGGGAACCUACCCAGUUCCGAGGUCGACGUCGAUUCUAGACGCUCCAUUGAAAGCUUCUUAGCUCGCUGGGUCAGAUUGGAUGAUCUCGUGGAAACUAAUAAGAUAACCAUAGCUGGCAUCCCUGUGCUCCAUGUCACGCUGAGGUCGACUAGAGCAGCGGCUUUCCUGCAGUCUCAUGUUGAAAAGGAUUUGCAUGAGCACGGUCAUGCGACGCAUGUGGCUUUCGCUCCGCCCUUGAAAGCGAGUAAGAAGCUGUGGGUUGGCUGGAGCAUACCCAUGGGGUUCAAGGUCUCGGAGACUGAUCUUAACAAGGCCUUCGCCACCUUCGGAUAUAUCGAAGACUUCCGAAUGCUCGACAACAAGAACUGCGCUUUUAUACAGUACUCGCAUGUUGCCGAUGCAGUGAAGGCCUACAACUGCAUGUACGGCCUGGAGAUAGCUGCUGGGCAUUAUCUCAAUGUUGACUUCACUUCGGCUCCUGCAUCACACGACCACACUACUGGAUUCACUGGCAAUAGGGAGGAAGAGAUCCAAAGCGUCGUUGUGUACAUCGUGGCCCAAAUCAUUGGGUCCUUGCUAGCUGCGCUGGCGUUCCGCGCUGUUCGUUUUUCGAGAAAAGCUGAGCCUACCAGCGAGGUGCAAGAGGAGGUCAACGAGUGCGGAGAGGGCUUGAGCCACCUGAGCAUCCGUUAG